AGCACAACAGAAAGCGCAAAAUAUUCGAUUUCAAAAAUUCAAACCCCCAAAUGUUUGUUUAACGUUUAUUAUCCCCAAACCAAACCCUAUAAUAAAACACGAAAGCAAACAUUCUUCAUUUCAUAACAAACAGAAAAUGGUGACUGUAUCAGCUCCAAUUGCUUCUUGUUCGAAAGCUCAUCAAAAGAUCUACCAGCAAUGGUUCAAUUACGUCGAUUCAGAUGGUGAUGGUAGGGUUACCGGCGAUGAUGCAACGGUUUUCUUCGCUAAAUCGAAUGUAGAAAAGCCUCAACUUAAGCAGGUUUGGGCCAUUGCAGAUUCUAAGCGUCAAGGAUUUUUAGGCUUUAACGAGUUCAUCACUGCUAUGCAGUUGCUCUCUCUGGCACAAGCUGGAUAUGACAUAACUGCAGAUUUACUUAGAACUACAGAUGAUGUCGAGCUUUUGGAACCUCCAGUGAUGGAAGGUUUGGAUUUGCUUUUGGCGAAGCAUAAUGGUUCAAGAAACAAUGGUGUCCCUGAAACAAACGGUGUUUUGGCAGUGCAGCCCGCGCCAGCAAAGAGUCUAUUUUCUUCAAUGCUUAGUAAGAAGUCAUCUUGUCACACAUCUCUUGGUAAAGUCACAUCUAUAGUCGAUGGUUUGAAGAGAUUGUACAACGAAAAGCUAAAGCCAUUGGAAGUUGCUUACCGAUACAAUGAUUUUGCCUCUCCUUUAUUGACAAAUACCGACUUUGAUGCGAAACCUAUGGUAAUGCUUCUGGGUCAGUACUCAACUGGCAAGACAACGUUUAUUAAGCAUCUUCUUAAAAGCAACUACCCAGGAGCUCACAUUGGACCAGAACCCACAACCGACAGAUUUAUCGUUGUUAUGGGUGGACCUGAUGAGAGAAGUGUUCCUGGAAACACUAUUGCUGUACAGGCGGAUAUGCCGUUUAACACCCUCACGACUUUUGGUGGGGCGUUUCUAUCAAAAUUUGAGUGUUCGCAAAUGCCACAUCCUCUUCUGGAGCAUAUCACUUUUGUUGACACUCCUGGCGUUUUAUCGGGAGAGAAGCAACGCACACAAAGAAGUUACGACUUCACUGGUGUGAUAAAGUGGUUUGCGGAAAAAUGUGAUCUUAUUCUUCUUCUGUUUGACCCUCACAAACUAGAUAUAAGUGACGAAUUCAAGCGCGUGAUAUCUUCUUUGCAUGGUCAAGAAGAUAAGAUUCGUGUUGUCCUUAACAAGGCAGAUCAAGUUGAUACUCAACAACUGAUGCGAGUUUACGGUGCAUUGAUGUGGUCACUUGGAAAAGUACUCAAUACACCUGAAGUGACACGUGUUUACGUCGGAUCGUUUAAUGACAAGCCAGUGGAUAAAGAAUCACUUGAUUCGAUGGGCAAGGAGCUUUUUGAAAAAGAACAGGACGAUCUCCUUGUUGACUUGAUGGACAUUCCAAAGAAGGCUUGUGAUCGCCAGAUCAAUGAGUUUGUUAAACGUGCUCGAGCUGCAAAGAUACAUGCCUACAUAAUCAGUCAGUUGAAAAAAGAGAUGCCUGCAAUGAUGGGUAAAUCUAAAGCUCAACAGAAGCUAAUGAAGAAUCUUGAAGAUGUUUUUGCCAAGGUUCAAAGGGAGUUUCAUUUGCCAGCGGGUGAUUUCCCGGAUGUGGAGCACUUUAGACAAGUUCUUGGUGCGUACAACAUCGAUAAGUUUGAGAAGCUGAAGCCGAAGAUGAUUCAGGCUGUGGAUGAGAUGCUCGGAUAUGACAUUCCGGAUCUUUUAAAGAACUUUAAAAAUCCUUAUGAAUAGAAACAGGUUUAAUGGUGGAUUUCUUAUCCAUUGUGUUUUUUUAUUUCUUUGUAAUGUAAUGGAACAAGACGUUUGUUUGGGAGAUUAUUUGGGUGAUCUUUAACCACCAGUUACCAUCCUAA